UCGCGCCCGCGCGGAACUGACAUGGCGCCCUCUUGGCCGGAGCUUCCGGGCGGGUCCUUCCGACGGCCCCCUUGGUGAUUCCACCACUCAGCUUCCUUCCCGGCCUGCCUCGCGCCGGUCGCCGGGCUGGGCCAGAGCAGCCAAGAUGGCCGACUUUGAGGAUCGGGUGUCGGAUGAGGAGAAGGUACGCAUAGCUGCUAAAUUCAUCACUCAUGCACCCCCUGGGGAGUUUAAUGAAGUAUUCAAUGAUGUCCGGCUACUACUUAAUAAUGACAAUCUCCUCAGGGAAGGGGCAGCACAUGCAUUUGCCCAGUAUAACAUGGAUCAGUUCACACCUGUGAAGAUAGAAGGCUACGAUGACCAGGUCUUAAUUACAGAGCACGGUGACCUCGGUAACAGCAGAUUUUUAGAUCCAAGAAACAAAAUUUCCUUUAAGUUUGAUCAUUUACGGAAAGAAGCAAGUGACCCCCAGCCAGAAGAUGUGGAUGGAGGCUUGAAGUCUUGGAGAGAAUCCUGUGACAGUGCUUUACGAGCCUAUGUGAAAGAUCAUUAUUCCAACGGCUUCUGUACUGUUUAUGCUAAAACUAUAGAUGGGCAACAGACCAUUAUUGCAUGUAUUGAAAGCCACCAGUUUCAGCCCAAAAACUUCUGGAAUGGGCGUUGGAGAUCAGAGUGGAAGUUCACUAUCACACCACCUACAGCCCAGGUGGUUGGAGUGCUCAAGAUUCAGGUUCAUUAUUAUGAAGAUGGCAAUGUUCAGUUGGUCAGCCACAAAGAUGUGCAGGAUUCAGUAACUGUUUCUAAUGAAGUCCAAACUGCCAAGGAGUUUAUUAAAAUCAUAGAGAGUGCAGAAAAUGAGUAUCAGACAGCAAUUAGUGAAAACUAUCAAACAAUGUCAGACACCACGUUCAAGGCCUUGCGCCGGCAGCUUCCAGUUACCCGCACCAAAAUCGACUGGAACAAGAUACUCAGUUACAAGAUUGGCAAAGAAAUGCAGAAUGCUUAAGGCCGACUGUAGGAGUCUCCAGUACAAGGAAACAAAAGGAUUCAACAUGGUGUGGUCAUAUGAUAAAUAAGUUUAUAAACAAACAAGAGUGAUAUUUUGCUAGUUAACAAAGUUAACAGAUCUUCUAGCCUCAUGGAAAACUGUUGAACCUACAGCACUGUCUUGAUUCUUUUGUGUGUGUUCUCUGCCUUGUAAUUUUCUGUUAUCAUUAUAUCUACUUGUAAAUCUUUUUUUUAAUUCUGCUACAUUUAAUGUCAAAGAGAUCUAUCCUGAAGUCAUUUUACUGUUCAGAAAUUUUCCUAGCCAUGAUGUGCUAUUACUGGUUUUUACAGAGUAUUUGUUGAGUACUUUUUACUCUGUGCUUUAAAGCAUUUCUAGUCUUCAGUGGCUUUUACUGAUCCACCAAUUGUUAAAGAGGCUAUGUUACAAACUGUAGCUAAGUGGACAACACACUCCUUCUCUGUCUGACUGCUUUGAUCGUUUAUAGCAUCUCACAAUUGUAGUUUUCAUGUAUUUGGAUUGGGGCUUUUUGGGUCCAUAAUGAGAGUCAAAGGAAGUUUCCUGAAAAUUCCAUGGCAGCAGCUUCUCUGGGGACUUGUUUUUAAAUCCAAAGACUUGAACCACAUUCCCUGCACAAGAACGUUUAUUUUCAUUCUCUCACCUCCUCCCGUAUACUUCCAUUGUAGCCAUAGAUGUCUGCAGGAAGUACAGCUUAGAAAAAGCAUUGGGGGAAUCCAGCAUUGUCAAUCACAUGGGCCUGUUUUCUUCAAUGGAAGGAAAUGAAUGAUGCCUGGUUACCUAGAAUGCUGGAACGACUGCAUCAAACAACCUGGUGAUCCUUUGCUAUUCUAUUAGGAGCCAGCCUCUAACUGACCCCCCCCACCUCCUCUCCCCCCACCCCCACAUGAUAUUCUGAACAUUGUUUAGGCCCUAAUCCUGGGCUUUGUCUUUCAGUGAAUAGAAUUUAUGCCUAUUGCAUAUCCUUCCUCUCUAGGCCCUAGCCCUAAAUUCUGCUUGUCAGUCAAUAGAACUCACCGUAAAGGUCACAGGUGCUUUACUAUUUGGCAAGGAAAUUUCAAUGUAGAUAGCCCUGAGCCCUGAAGCUUUGUUUUGAGAAUUGUCAUGCAGAGACUUUCCCCAAAGUUCUACUAUGUUUAAAUGUGUGGAAAAACUAAAACACAGCAUCAGGUUCUAGAAGUUUUAAUCCAGUCUGACCAAGCCCGGCUGCACCAAGUUUUCAUUCUGUCUCUCCUCAGUCCACUUUCCUGCCAGUAGCAAUACCUGCAGGAAUGCCUCAACAGAUGACGGCAACUUUAGAGGAGUUUUGCCCGUUUGCAUUUCUGUUUAAGAUUCAAGAACUGGUGACACACUGUGGAUGUAGUAGAGUAGAAAACUUGAAAAACACAGGUGUUGAAGGAAUAAUAGGUAUCUGUGUUUUAAUGCUCUCUGGCAGGAUUGCUCCAUAAGCAGAUGACUCAGACAGCUAUGUCACUCACAAAGCUGGAAUGAACCAAAGUGAAAAGGAGAGCUCCUAGGCAGUGUCUUUCUAUCAUAACUAACAUUUCCGAAAAUGCUAGUGCUUUCUUCUUUUGAACAAGACGUAAAACUCAUUCCAGAUUCCUUUCUCCAUCAUCCUGCCUGCCUAGAACUCAUAUGUAACUGUGAUACAGCUAUCUUCCCAGGUAUGUUGGCAGGUGUAUGUGUGUGAUUUCAGAGCACACAGGUAAUGUGAUAUGACCUAUGACAACUUGUAAUGGUGGAUUCAUUUACAUUGUUUACAUUUCUAUGACCAGGCCUUAGGGGAAGGUCAGUUUUUUAAAAAACCAAGUAGUGUCUUCCUCCCUGUCCCCAAAUACAAGUCAAAACAGAAGGGUGUUUUGCUUCAGCUUUGUUUUUUGCUUAGUAAUACAGUCAAGCAGAAGUCUGUUUGCAAAUGAAAGCCGUGUAAGCAUUUUUGUUUAUUUCAAAUAAAAUAUAUUUGUAUUAUUUGUCAUUCAUACUAUCCAUCCAUGCCACACUAUCUUCUGUAUCAGGUAGUCCAAUAGAAAUACACCUGUUUUAUUCUAAAA